CCGAAUGGUCCGAGGCCCAGCUCGUAUCCGCUCUUUGCCAUCGAGCAGCAGGCAAAUCGUCAAUCGUCGGAGCUGUCUGUCGUCUUCGUCUCCGGCGAGCAAAUCGGCGAGGAGGGAAGAAGGGGCAGGAUGGGUUACCUCUGGCGGGUCAGGCUCUCGUCGUUCUUGGCCGGCGCGGCGACGGCUUCAGCGGCGGGGUUCUUCCUCCUCUACAAAGACCACCUCGUCGCCCGCGCCGCCAUCACCCAACAGGUGGAGGACGUCAAGAGGAUUUCUGAAAAGCACUAUGAAACCCUGAAUCAUCGGAUCAUAGCAAUGGAAAAGAGAGAAGAAUCAGCUAAUAAAGAGGCUUCUGAUUAGCUAUGCACAUUGAGUGCAUAUGAUGGUAAUCAAUCUGCCAAUGUGUUUGUGGUUGCUGCAUGAGUUUAACUAAAGCAUUUGAGCUCUACAUUUUGUUGUUCAAAUUGUUAUGAAUCUUCAAUGUCAUCUUCAUGGCUUUGUGAGAUGAGCAGAGAUCAAUAAACAACAUUUUUGUCGUUAACAAGCCAGCCUAUCUUGUUUA